AUGAACCUCCUGGUACAGAUGCAUAGACAGUUCGGUGACGUCAUCUCGCGUGGCUGUACAGAGUACAUCCACUGCUUCACUCCUCCAACCAAGAACACGGGCCAGAAGUGCAGGAGAAUAGGAACUUACCCCAUCAAGGACGAGUGCCUGGAGGUGAAAUCGAUUGAGGAAAUCUUGUUGGACUGUGUGGAAGAAGGUAAGAAAGAUGAGAAAUAUCCGUCUAUCGGAGCUGACAGGGCCGUCAGCAUUGGGUCGCUGGCCAAUGAUGUCGCGUUUCUGUACUCUUACUUGUGUCAAACAGAUUCCCGCGUUCACACGCUUUCCAGACACUUCAUCUCUGUUGAUAUAAUAUCUGCAGCGAUUCUUGCAGAAACAAUAGCUCACAGACCACAUGUUAUUUUAGUCAACUUCCCCCUCGCCGCCAGUUUACGAACUCUACGGUCAUGCCGAAAGAUGACUGCCCCAUUGGCACGCUCGUGUCUGGCUUGCUGUCGCCGAAAAGUAAAGUGCGAUAAAAAGGUCCCCUGCUCCACAUGUGUCAAUUCCGGGCAGGUAUGCGAAUAUCCCCAGGGCCCGAUUCGUCGCCAUCGAGCCCGUCGGCAGGAUCGAUUUGACGGAAGCUCCAAGAGAAAUCACAAGGCCGGGGAACGGUCGCGCUCCACUAGCACUGAUUCUGGGGGCCGGCUGAUAGUCGAUGGGGAUGGUAAGAGUAGGUUCUUAUCAAGCCUUUUCUGGGCAAAUGUCGAAGAUGAGGACAAUUUGCAACGGUCUAUCUUAGAUGAGUCUGGCCAUCGACCGAACUUUUACCCGGGCUCCCCGUUUAGCUUGAGCUUCUUCUUUUGCCGCCGUUUUCAAGAACAGCCCGAUCGCCCCGAGCCCCUGUAUGAUCCAUUGGGUUGGCCGCCUGAUCAUAUCGACACCUGCUGGAACCCGUAUAAGAAUAAUGUCGACCCUGUAGUGAGGAUUCUGCACAAACCAAACAUCGAAAAGCUCAUCCGAGCUGUCACGCCUUCCGGAUUGGCAGCUCUUGACGAAGCAUCGGCCGCUUUGGUCGUGGCGAUCUGCUAUGCGUCUGUGGUCACAUUGGAUUCCCGGCUCGCAGUUCAGCACUUUGGUGAAGAACACAGCACGUUGAUUCGGCAACAUGAAUAUGCCGUGGAACUCUCUAUGGCUCGCGCAGGUUGGAUCUGUAGCGACCAUAUUCAGGUGCUUCAAGCAUUUGUCCUUGUGCUGGUGAGUUGUGUAAUCGUCUCACUACGAAUUGCAACAUCUUUGGCUCUUCAUCAUGAUAGCGUCGACUUUGGUCUCUCUCCCUUCGAGGUUGACAUGCGUGCACGUCUUUGGCGGCAUCUAUGUCUCAUAGACAUACGUGUGUCUGAGGAUUAUGGCACAGAUCCCAGCUUCUUGAGUAGAAACGGCAACUAUCGUUUGCCUCUCAACGUCAAUGAUAGCGAUUGGGAUGUUGGGGCAAAGGCACCCCCGCGAGAGCACCAAGGACCCACAGAAAUGACAUGGAGCCUUAUCCGAUUUGAAGCAUGCCAUGCCUUGUUACGUAUCUGGGCUGCAUCGCGGCCUCGCAGUCGCUCCUGCUUUGAUAUGCAAUCUUCCACCGGCAGAAGUCAUGGAACCGCCUUUGAAAUCAGAGAGGGAUUCGUUAAGAGGUUCUCUGCUUUCAUGGAAACCAAAUAUCUUCGAUUUUUGGGCACAGAACCCACGGAUCCCUUGCAUCGAAUGUUGGCAGAAACUGUUCGCGCAUUUCUUAUCAAGCUGCGUCUAAUAGUCCACUAUUCUGCAUUACAAAAUGCGGCGGCAGGCGCCCAGGAAUCGGGCAUUGAGCCUACUGUCCGUAAUGAGCUCUUUCUAUCCGCUCUCGAGCUGCUUGAAUGCCACUACAGACUGUGUUCCGCAGAAUAUAUGGCUAAUUUCAAAUGGAUCGCCACCCAAUACUCGCAAUGGCACGCAACAGCUUUCGUGCUCUCGCACGUGUAUAGCCUUCUCAAGACAUCGGAGCCUGGGGAAAGCCCACUGCCACCUGAAGUCCUCGGGCGAGUGUUGCAGGUCAUCCCUUUCGCCUUCGAUGAGACCGACAGAUUUGACAAAAUGACCGGGCUCAUUCAUCGCUGGCGCCCCUUGGAACGUUUGUACCAAAGGGUCAUGAAAGAGCUCGUGCGGAUUCAGCCUAAAGACGUUGACAUCUUGCUCUAUAAAUCCUUUGGAACCUUUUGA